AUGAGGUCUGAUGAUGUGUUUUCACUUCCUUCUUCUUCCAAAGUCUUCCAUCAAGAACUAAACCCUAACCCUAAAUUAAGUGAAAACUCUACUUCCAAGAAGAGAAGAAAUCUACGGGGAACACCAGAUCCAGAUGCAGAAGUUAUUUCUCUUUCACCAAAAACGCUCAUGGCCACAAACAGAUUCAUCUGUGAAAUCUGUAACAAAGGUUUCCAAAGGGAACAAAAUUUGCAGCUCCACAGAAGAGGCCACAAUCUUCCAUGGAAACUUAAGCAAAGGGCUAACAAAGAUCAGAUCAAAAGGAAGGUCUACACAUGCCCGGAAAAGACCUGCGUUCACCACGACCCAUCCCGAGCUCUUGGGGACCUCACCGGCGUCAAGAAGCACUUCAGCAGAAAACAUGGAGAGAAGAAGUGGAAAUGUGAGAAAUGUUCAAAGAAAUAUGCUGUUCAAUCUGACUGGAAAGCUCAUUCUAAGACUUGUGGGACUAGGGAAUAUAAAUGUGACUGUGGAAGACUUUUUCCCAGGAAAGAUAGUUUUAUUACACACAGAGCUUUCUGUGAUGCCUUAGCUGAAGAGAGUGCAAGAUCAAUUGGAGCCAAUACUUUGAACUUCAGGAAUGAAUUGAAUGGAGAUAUGAUGAACCCUCUACAGAAUUUGGCUCAUGGGUUUUCUGGAAUUCCCCUUCUUGGGGCUGGUCUUAGAUCGGAUUAUAACGGUAUGGCCCCAGCCGGAAAUUCUGAUCAGCAGAAACCAAGAUUAUCUCUUUGGUUGGAUCAAGUGAAUUCUCAACUCAAUCCAGUUGAUACAAAUUCUCUUUUCAUGCCUAAUAUGAUGCAAAUGGCAUCGGAUAACAAUGUUUUCGACUCGUCUAAUCAAUUUUCAUGGCUGGAAAGAACAGCAACCUCUGCAAAUCUCUCUUUAUGUCCACAAAAAGGCCCAAAAGAGGAGGCAGUAAUUAGCAAAGGGACAAAAAUGGAGGCAGCUGAAUCCCUUUCCUCUUUACACUCUGAUAAUAAAAAUCUUCACUCAAACUCUUCAGCUUCUGCAUCAAUGUCUGCAACUGCACUUCUGCAAAAGGCAGCUCAAAUGGGAUCAACUAAAAGUACUCCAACAUUCUUCAACAAUCCCUUAAACAAAAGUGAAUUGCACCAGGUUUUCAAACAGGAGAAUUCAUCGGCGAAUUUCGUAUCUUCAACAAAUACUAUUGCAAUUAACGGUCUGGAUCAAUCUAUGCGAAGAAGUGGUACAACAGAAAACCAACAGGGUUCUGCAAACUUGCAUUCAGGGUUCAGAGAUUUUCUCGGCACGGGAGGAGAAGGUGGCGCUGUCCCAUUCUUGCCACCGGAGCUGGUGAGAUUUGCUUCCAUGAGUACUCAGCCAUGGGAUUGA